AUGGCGCUUAUGUCCGGGAGUGAAAAUGUAAAUUCUAUUUGUGAAGAUUUAACAGAAAAUGAUAAAAAUUUAGGUGAAAAUGUAAAUUCUAUCUGCGAAAAAGAAGAUGUAACAUACAAUGAAAAAAGCUUAAGGCUUAACUUUGAUGACAGUGAAAAUGAUUUCAAUAAGAAGAGACAACAACUACAGUUAGAUUUACACAACAACCUGAAUUAUGAUGUUGACUUUAUCAUACUUGACUGCAAGGAAAGUAUUGGAACAAAAAAAGCAUUUUUGGAACGACAUCCCAUACAACCUUUAGGAUCCAAUGGAAAACAGAUGCCUUUUAAUCCAAGUAAACUGUAUUACCGUGCACUUCCUAAUGGAGAAAAGAUUUUAAGAAAAUGGAUAUCAUAUUCUUCUAUAUUAAAUAAAAUAUUUUGUGCUAGUUGUAUGGUGUUUUCUGAUAGAAUUUCUAAUGAUUCUCCAUUUGUUAAUGGUUAUACAGUUAAGGCAAAACAUGUUUAUAAAGCUGCUGAAGAACAUGAAAAUUCAAAAACCCAUCAAUAA